AUGAAUCUCUCAGCUCUGUGCCGCUGCUCACGGACAACAAAUAAUUUGCGUUCCCUAUCGAGGCCCCUCGUUGCGCUAGCAUUUCCCUCGAGAAGAUACGCAACCCGUCGUGACAACUUGGAUUUCAGUGAACCAGGCUCGCUUCUAUCACACUCUCUGGACACAAACCGUUCAGAGGCAAAACAUGACACUGUCGGACCAUUUCAACUCGGCUUGUCGCAAUCGGCGCUACGUAAGGGAGAGAAGGUACCAAAGUGGUCAGAACUUAGCGCAGGAGGAAAGGUUCUUCGUACUACGGCCCGAACAACAAAUUUCGGAGUCAUCUUGCUGGGAGCCGGCCUCUCCGUCCUCCUUGUAUACUCUUUGACAUCAGAGCUUUUCUCCAAAAAUUCAGCGACGGUGUUGUAUGGGGAUGCUUGCGAACGCAUCAAGGCGUCACCUCGAAUCGCGAAAUACCUGAAUACUCCCCUUGUCUUUCACAAUAACCCUCCGUCUGCAAUCCGUCCUCGACACCGGAACCGACAAGUCACGUCCCAAAUCAUGGUUGAUCCCAAUGGUCAAGAGCACAUGAUCAUGACCUUCUACGUGCAAGGCCAGGCAGAGGCUGCGGAACACCAUCACUCAGAAGUGUCUUAUUUCACCUCUGCAACGUAUUGGGCGAGAGACAAAUUCGCUGGGCUGUCUAACUUGACGUUCGAGCAGGGUGUUGAUUGGUCAAAGGAACAUGCAGGUCUAGUCUGGGACUCUUGGAAAAAUCUUUUCAAGUACCUCACUGGAUCUCCACUGCCUCGGCCCCCAUUGCCAACUUUGCCCCGCCCGGAAGAAAAGGAGACAACAGUACAGCAUGGCAGUGGAAUGUGGAAUUUUGCGGGCAUGUUCUCGUCUCUGAAAGGAACGACAAAAGCAUCGCGUGAUGCAACGAAAACACAUGGGGUAACAUAUACUGACGGGGAGGUGCAUGCAGAUUUGGUCAGGAACAAUGAUGGCUACUUUGUGUUUCGAUAUUUACUUGUCGACAUACCAAGUUCACGCGAUCCGAACAAUGUGCGAGUGUUCGUGGAACGAGCUCCUGGAGUCAGAGAACACGAGCCUGUGAUGCGCUGGGUGUCAUAG